GUUACGUCGGCCUCACGUCAUUGGAAAGGGCGGCGAGCGUUUGCUCCGGCGGUCGGAGCCUAACGGCUGGUGGGAUUACGGGCGCUGUGAGGGGCGGUCAAUGAUGGGGUCUGUGGAGCCAUCCUGCUGCUAAAGGUUGCUCAUCCAUCUACAAUGGCUGUGAGAUUGGCCAACCCGUUGAAACAAUCUCAAUUCUUCAUUAAAAGAACUUGCUAUUGGAGCUUCCCUCUUGGAUAUGUUCAGCAACUCAGGAUCAGGCACCUUGGCUGCUAUCAGAGAGAUUCUGCAUGCAGCCCAUUUAAAAACAGAGGCAGAAAAUCUCUAGACUAUUGUUUAGCAACAUGCCAUAUAACACGGGAAGAGACAAUUUCUACACGAAUGGUACAUCAUCAAUCCUUGUAUCAUGCACCCUUUGCAAGCACAAGGAGCCGGGUUUAUUCCACUGCAGCACGUGAGAAUCAAGUAGCUGUGAAACAGAAAGUACAGUCACCCAAAAGACCACUUAAAGGGCCUCGGACCAAACAACCAUCCAGGACCAAUCAGCCAAGAAUCGUAGAUGUACAGGAUCUGCUGAAAUGUACAGCUUUCGCAACAGCAGAUGAGUAUCAUCUAGAGAAUCUUUGCAGUGACCUGUUGUCGGCUGGUUUUUAUGAAAUAACAGACUUACCCAGAGAUGCCUCAAAUGUCCUGGUAAUUGGAACUGAAAUGCUAGCCAAGCCAAAUGAUUAUGGAUUAAUUUUCCUUUUCAGGGAGGGCUCUGUUGUCUUUUGGAAUGUGGAAGAUAAAACGGUGAAACGCAUCAUGCAAAUCUUGGAGCCACACGAAAUCCAGCCAUAUGAAAUUGCUUUGGUUCACUGGGAAAAUGAGGAAGUCAACUACCGGAUUUCGGACGGACAUUCAAAGCUGCAUCGAGGAGAGAUUUUGUUGAAUUCCAGCCUUGACUCUGAUGAAUCUAUUUUGGAAAAAUUUGCGUUUUCAAAUGCACUUUCCUUGUCAGUGAAACUUGCCAUUUGGGAGGUGUCACUCGAUAAUUUUGUUGAGUCCAUUCAGUUUAUUCCUGAGAUGCUGAAAGCUGGAAAACAGGUGAAACUUUCACGAUCAGAAGUUAUGCAGAAAAUUGGUCAACUAUUUGCCUUGAGACAUCGUAUCAACUUGAGUUCAGAUCUCCUGAUGACACCUGACUUUUACUGGGACAGAGAGCACCUUGAACAACUCUAUGACAAAACCUGCCAGUUUCUGAACAUCAACCGGCGUGUAAAGGUGAUUAAUGAAAAGCUACAGCACUGUACAGAACUUACUGACUUGAUGCGAAAUCACCUCAGUGAGAAACAUGGACUGCGCCUCGAGUGGAUGAUAGUGAUCCUCAUUUCCAUUGAGGUAUUAUUUGAACUUGCUCGUGUUAUUUUCUAAAACUGAUUAGAGAUCGUCUGGAGGACAGUAGUCAUAACUUCAAGUGGGACAUGAAAAAUAUCUUCCAGAAGGCUUCUGUACUCGAGGAAUGCCUGCAUUUUGUGCAGCUCAGUUCUUGUCAAAACUAUACAGUUUAUUCUCACAACCACAGCAUUUAUAAUAGAUUUUAUCUUUAAAUUAGAUUUAAAGCAUUUGAUUUUAUUUCAUUGUGGAAUAUCUAUUUAUACCAGUGAUUCCCUGCAUUAUUUUUGUGAUAAACUCUAUAAUGUGAAAAUUUUGGGGUAGCAAUAUGUGCAUUCUGGAAGGGAGAGCUUUUAGAAGCUGAAAGAGAUUGCCUGCUGUAAUUAUUGCCUGGGAAAACUGCUGUAAUUAUUGUUUUUAUUUAAAAUCAUGUAAGAUGCAAGACAUUAAACUUGAAUCUGUAGUAGCUUCUUA